CUCCCACGGCAGGGCCUCUCUCCCCUGCUCAGGCCGUGAGGUGGCUUUCUCGGGGCCCAGGAUGCAGAGGUGGGGACUGUGGGCCGCGGCCGUCCUGACCCUCCUCUCCGCCCAGGCCUUUCCGCAGACGGACAUCAAUAUCAGCCCAGCCAUGCCAGAGCUGCCCCAGGCUUCCCUGUGCCCCCUGUUCUGGAUGGAGUUCAAAGGCCACUGCUAUAGAUUUUUCCCUCUCAAUAAGACCUGGGCUGAGGCUGACUUCUACUGCUCUGAGUUCUCCAUCGGCAGGAAGUCCGCCAAACUGGCCUCCAUCCACAGCUGGGAGGAGAAUGUCUUUGUGUAUGACCUCGUGAACAGCUGUGUUCCUGGGAUCCCAGCUGACAUCUGGACAGGGCUUCACGAUCACAGGCAGGAAGGGCAGUUUGAAUGGACAGACGGCUCAUCCUAUGACUAUAGCUACUGGGAUGGGAGCCAGCCAGACGAUGGCAUCCAUGCGGACCCAGAAGAGGAGGAUUGCGUGCAAAUAUGGUACCGACCCACCAGCGCUCUGAGGUCAUGGAAUGAUAACACCUGCAGCCGAAAGUUCCCCUUUGUCUGCAAGAUCGCAGCUCUGACCAUUCACUGAUCCAGUCUCGCCCUCUCGGAGCAAUCCCAGCUCCAGCAUCG